GAGAUGUCUAAAGUCCAAAUGCUGAGAUUUACAGUCAACCAGAAGCUGACUGCGGCUGCUGAAGAGAUAUUUGAGCUGUUUGAAAGAACGAUAGCAGAGUACGAGGAACAACUAUGUCGAUCUAAAGAGGAAAACCAGCGACAACAAAAACUGCUGGAGGCCGUCUUAAACCCUGGAGUCCAGUUACACAGAGCAGAUGUCCAGCAGCUUGUGGUGAGGAAAGAAGAGUUUCUCUCUCAGCAGCAGGAGAGGAACUCGAGCCUGAACCAGGAGAAGCCACCAGAACCAGCAGGCAUAAAAGAGGAACAGGAGGAACUGUGGACCAAACAGGAAAGUGAGCAGUUUCAAGGAGCAGAGGAGCCUUACAGCAAUAGGUUUAUAUUCACCUCUGCCACUGUCAAGAAUGGAGUAAAAGCUCAGUCCUCACAGCUCGAUGAAAACCAAAGUGAAAAUGAGUAUUUGAAAACAGAAGUUUAUGGAGAGGACUGUGGCAGCCAAGAAGCAGACAGAAACUUUCAUCCAGACAGUCAUUUACAGCUGUUGCCAGACGAGACUGCGGACCUUCCUGAAUUUAAUAUCGAUGACAGUGGGGAUUGGAGGGAGAGUGAGGAACAUCAGGAAGGUUUGAACGUUCAGCAAAAUAAAGAAGUAGCUGUAGGUUAUGUGAAAUGUAACUCUGGAUAUCCAUCAGUGAGCUUCUCUGAAUGUGCUCCAAGUUUUGGACAGAGGGAACAACAUCAGGAGCUCCAAGAAAUCCAUGCAGAAGAAAACCAAGCAAGUUGCACAGUUUGUGGUAAAAUAUACCAGAGUAAGAAAACUUUACGACAACACAUGUUGCGCCAUUCAGCAGAAAGACCUUUCAGCUGCUCUCUUUGUAACAAAGGGUUUAUUUGGAGAGCAGAGCUUGUGACACAUAUGAGGGUCCACACAGGAGAGAAACCAUUCAGUUGUUCAGUUUGUGGUCAAAGAUUUUCCCUGCAAGGAGAUCGGAGUAAACACUUUCUUAUCCACACAGGAGAGAAACCGUUCAGUUGUAUCGACUGUGGUAAAAGAUUCAGAAGAAAAGGACAUCUAAAAAUUCACUCUAAAAUUCACACAGGAGAGAAACCGUUUAGUUGUAUUGACUGUGGUAAAACAUUCAGAAGGAAUGCACAUCUUCAAAGACAUUUAUGUAUCCAUACAGGGGUGAUGCCGUUCAGUUGCUCAGUCUGUGGUGAAAGUUUCAGUCAAAUUGCUGAUCUAAAAAGUCACUCCAAUAUCCACACAGGAGAGAACUUUAAGUUGUAGUGUUUGUGACAGAAAAUUCUCCCAGGCAGUGUCGGUCAAAAAUCAUAAAUGUAUUAGUAACAAUAUAAAAAAUGAGAUCUUGAAACAUUCAUUAACAGUGGCCUUUAAAGUAUCCAAGUCAAGUUGCUCAAUUUCCAUUUUAAAAUAUGAUUUGAAAAUGAAACAACUUGAAUCUUCCUACAUGAUGAGAGCAAUCACCCAAAAUAUUCUGAUCUCGCCCCUUUAUCGGUUAAAACAUUCCAUUAGAUUUAAUAGCAGUCAAUAGAAAACAUUGGGUUUUAAGGAUUUCAAAUCUUGAGAUAGAAAACUGUACAGUUUAAUGGUAAUUAUGAACCAAAAUCCAGUAACCAGUGAGUAGGUGCUUAUAAUAGUCUGAUCAGAGUCUCUUUGAACUGGACAAACAGCCUAUUUAUGAACCUGAGAUGCCAUAAACUGACAGCAUAUACAUUAUGUGGACAAAAGUAUUAAGAUGCCUAAUCAUUACACCAACAGGACUAUCAUUAUAUUUUUUUCAAAUACAUGUACUGUACUUUCAUAUGGAGUUGGCCCCCUUUUGCAGCUUUAACACCUCCACUCUUCUUGGAAGGUUUUCCACAUGAUUUUGGAGUGUUUCUUGGAGAAGCUGUGAUCAUUUUGUAGAGCGUUUUUUAGAUGAAGUCAUGGUUCGCAGUCUCAAUUUCAGUUCAUCCCAGAGGUGCUUGAUGGGGUUGAGGUCAGAGCUCUGUGCAGGCAAGUCAGGUUCUUCCACACUGAACUCAUCAAUCCAUGUCUUUAUAGUCCUUGCUUUGUGCACUGGAGCACAGGCAUGUUGGAACAGAAAAUGGCCUACCUCAAACUGUUGCCGCAGAGUUUGUAGCAUAGCAUUGUCCAGAAUGUCUUGGUAUGUUGAGGCAUUAAGAUUGGCCUUCAGUGGAGAUGCAGGGCCUUGCCCAAACCCUAAAAAUCAGCCCCAUACCAUUAUCCCUCCUUCACCAAACUUCACAGUUUGCAAUCAGUGCAAUCAGAAAGGAAAUGUUUUCCCAGCAUUGGCCAAAUCCAGACACGCCCAUCUGACUGCCAAACAGAGAAGUGUGAUUUAUCACUCCACAAAAGAUGUUUACACUUCCCCAUAGUCCAGUGUCAGUGUGCUUUACACCACACCAUCGAAUGCUUGGCAUUGGAGUUGGUGAUGUGAAGCUUGCAUGCAGCUGCUCAGCCAUGGAAAGCCAUGCAUGAUACACUAGCCCACAGGUGUCAAACUCAAGGCCUGGGGGCCAAAUCCAGCCUGUGGAACAGUUAA